CGAGACUAGCCCGCCUCUCCUCGGUCUUGCAGGCAGCGGCCCCGCCUCCACAGCGUCAGGAAGCCGGAAGCAGACGGGGAGUUGGACUACGCGACAAGCGAGGGGAGCCUGCUGGGGCGGGUUGCAGCAACAGCCGGAGCGGAGCUUCGGCGAGGGAAAGGGUCCUUCCGGCAUUCGCCAUCGGAGGGGAUCGUGGGACUCGCGUAAGCUCAAACAAGAAUUGCCUAUUCAAGAGCAAACAUGCAAAGCACUUCAAAUUAUCUCUGGCUUCUUUCGGACAUCCUGGGACAAGGAGCUACUGCAAAUGUUUUCCGUGGACGACACAAGAAAACUGGAGAUUUGUAUGCUGUCAAAGUAUUUAACAACUUCAGUUUCCUUCGUCCUGUGGAUGUUCAGAUGAGAGAGUUUGAAGUGUUAAAGAAACUGAAUCACAAGAACAUUGUCAAAUUGUUUGCCAUAGAAGAGGAGACAACUUCUAGACAUAAAGUCCUUGUUAUGGAAUUUUGCCCAUGUGGCAGUUUAUAUACUGUUUUAGAAGAACCAUCUAAUGCCUUUGGGUUGCCAGAAGCAGAAUUCUUAAUUGUGUUGAAAGAUGUUGUGGCUGGGAUGAACCAUCUUCGUGAGAAUGGAAUAGUGCAUCGUGACAUCAAACCAGGCAAUAUAAUGCGUGUUAUAGGUGAAGAUGGCCAAUCUGUUUAUAAACUGACAGAUUUUGGGGCUGCUAGGGAACUGGAUGAUGACGAACAGUUUGUCUCUCUCUAUGGUACAGAAGAAUACUUGCACCCUGAUAUGUAUGAACGAGCAGUAUUGCGAAAAGAACAUCAGAAGAAAUAUGGAGCAACAGUUGAUUUGUGGAGCAUAGGGGUGACAUUUUACCACGCUGCAACUGGAAGUUUACCCUUUCGACCUUUUGAAGGACCUCGCAGAAACAAGGAAGUGAUGUAUAAAAUUAUAACUGGAAAGCCUUCUGGUGCGAUAUCUGGAGUACAAAAAGCAGAAAAUGGCCCCAUUGAAUGGAGUCGUGAUAUGCCUGUUUCCUGUAGCCUUUCAAAGGGCCUGCAAGUGCUGCUCACACCUGUUCUUGCAAAUAUUCUUGAAGCAGAUCAAGAGAAGUGUUGGGGAUUUGAUCAGUUUUUUGCAGAGACAAGUGAUAUACUAUACCGAAUAAUUAUUCAUGUCUUCUCUCUGCAACAAAUGACUGCACACAAAAUUUAUAUUCACAACCAUAAUAAUGCUGCCACGUUUCAUGAAUUGGUCUACAAACAGACAAAAAUAGCUUCACACAAUCAAGAACUGAUAUAUGAAGGCCGGCGUUUAGUACUAGAGCCCAACAGAUUGGCACAGGCUUUCCCCAGAACCACUGAAGAAAAUCCCAUCAUAGUUGUAAGCCGGGAGGCUGUAAACAUAAUAGGAUUACUCUAUGAAGAAAUUCUACUUCCUAAGGUCCACCAACGUUAUGACUUGGAUAAUGAUGCAAGUAUGGCUAAAGCGGUCACAGGAGUUGUAUGUUAUGCCUGUAGAAUUGCCCGUGCUUUACUCCUUUACCAAGAACUGAUGCGAAAGGGAAUCAGAUGGUUAAUUGAAAUAAUCAAGGAAGAUUACAAUGAAACAUUUCACAAGAAGACAGAGGUUAUUAUCAAACUGGAAUUUUGCAACAGAAAUAUUGAAAAAGCUGGGAAAAUAUAUCAAAAUUUGCUGCAAAUCAACCUGACACCAUCAGAAGUGGGUGAAAUUUCAGACAUGCAUUCAAAGCUAUUACGGAUCUCAAGUUCACAAGGAACAAUAGAGACGAGUCUUCAAGAUAUCAAAAGCAAACUCUCUUCUAGUGGCCUGCUAUCUGAUAGCUGGACCAACCAAGAAGGCACACAUCCAAAAGACAGAAACCCAGAAAGGUUGCAAGUACUGCUGAGUUCUAUAACAGAUAUUUAUUAUCAGUUCAAAAAAGACAAAGCAGAACGAAGACUCCCUUAUAAUGAAGAACAAAUUCACAAAUUUGACAAAUCUUCUGCAAUGCAAGCUGAGAGCGUAAGUUCCAAUGGCUGCAUGCAUCCUUUGAGGCAGAAGUUUUUUAUACAUGCCACAAAAGCCAUGACCCUGUUCAAGGAAGAAUGUGUCAUCAAGUAUGAAACUUUCUUAGACAAGGCAGAGGAUUGGAUGAGGAAGAUGCUCCAUUUAAGAAAACAGCUAAUGAAUCUCAGAAAACUGUGCUUUGAUAUUGAAGAAGAGGUAUCCAAAUACCAGGACUAUGUAAAUGAGUUACAAGAAACUUUACCCCAUAAGAUGUUUGCGGCUUCCAGUGGGAUCAAACAUGCAAUUAACCCAGUUUAUCCAAGUUCAAACACUUUGGUAGAAAUGACUCUUGGUAUGAAGAAACUGAAAGAAGAAAUGGAGGGUGUUGUUAAAGAAUUAGCUGAGAAUAAUCAUCUUUUAGAAAGGUUUGGUGCUUUGACGAUGGACGGUGGCCCUCGAAAUGUGGAUUGUAUCUAGCUGUAUAUUUACCAUGGUGGAAUUUGACUUUGUACAGAAAGAGCAAUUUAUAUGUUGAAAGAAUUUUCUGCGCUUAGCUUUCCCCUCAGUAUUUAACAAAAGCAUGUAAAUAUGUAUAUUAAUGUAAAUAUAGAUACUAUAUUUCUUUUGGUUAUGUUAAAAAUGAUCUUAGCAUUUUGAGUAUCAUCACAAUUUCCCUUGUAAAAUAAUUAUGGCUGCAUAUUGUGGUGAGCACACAGAUAUAAUGCAUUUGCUUCAAAUGCUGCCCUAGCUUGUUUAUUCGUGAACAUUGCUAGAGAAAUUGUGGUCUUGAACUAUCCUACUGUUUUUUAAAGGUGAAUGGGCUUCCCUUUAAGCUACCUGAACGCUGAAUACCUCAGUUAUGAUCAUCUCAAAUUGUCCCUGCUUUCAUUUCCUGUGAAGAGAUGUUUGCCAAAUGCAAACAAGAGACAUAAUCACAUUCUCCUAUCUCUUUAAAAAGGAUCUGUCUAAACUGAGUAUGAAGGAAAUAGUUUUGGAUUUUUAAUCAUGUUCAUUCUGAGUAUGUGUAAUUUGCCAAUUCGGGUCUUAGAAGCAAGUACAAUGUGACUCUUCCAUCUGCUAAAUCACAGGUGACAGGAAAGAUGCAACAUUUUUUAAAAACAUUCUUUAGUAGUAUACAGUGUGUCUCAAAUUCUGUGGAUAUUGUUAAUUCUUCUUGGUAUUUUUGAAACACAUCAUUUUAAAAGUAGCAUUAAUUUCUCAUGAAGGAAGCAUAUUUAUCUUAAACAAUAAGACUGGUACGGACCAUAUACUGGUUUCUAUCCUUAAGUUCUAAUAAAAUAGUAGAAAAAUAGUAACUUUGAAACAUUUGACCAUUGAAAUAAAGCUUUUGCAUAAAUGUUUAUGCAAUUAGUAGGGAAAAGGAGAUCCCUGAAAAGUGGGCACUUUCCUGACCUAUCAAAGGUGCCUCUGCCUGAUUUGGGGGACCUCCUUAUCCAUAGUCCACCCCAUUCAGCACACUGGGCCAGCCUUCCGUUGAGCACUGGGGAAAUUAUCUUGGGGAGAAGGUAGCAGGGAAGUUAGCUUCUGCUGGCCUCCUGACAUUGCUUUUUUAAUUUGUAAUGCUACAUAACAUGUAUACAUCCAAAAACAAACUAAUCCAGUCUUACUGACUUCAGUGGAACUUGUUUUCCUUUAUGUCAAAAAAGUAAGGCUGCAGUUCUCAGCCAAUUUAUUCUGGAUCAGCCCUGGGACAGACCCAAUUCAUCUGAGACUAUUUUAGAAUUAGAUAGAUUGAUGCCUUCAUGCAUUUCUUUUAAUGGGACUUGUGUAGAUCAAAUGAACGAUUCUAUUUGACUGUUAUAUCCCCAGUUUUCAUCACUUUGUGGGCAACAACCAAGUUUCUAGUUCCAGUUCUUCCAUUUUGUGUUGAUUGAGGAUGGGUUCCCUCACAUUGUGAUGUUUACAAAAGUGCACAGACAAAUAACAGGCAAUCUAUAAUGGGCAAGGAUGCAAUCCUGCACAAGUUGCUUAAAUCCUAUUAAUAAAUGGAACUUCAAAAGGGUGGGGAGGGAUCACAAUCUGGUUGGAAGGAUUGCUGAAACCAUAGGUAGUAAAUCUGCAUGUGAAACCUUGCUGCUUUACUGUAUGUAAAUGCCUAUUUAGAAAUGGUGGGGCUAUGUUUCUGUAAUAUACUUAUUAUAUGGUAUCAUUUUUAUAUUACAGAAUCAUCAUUUUGUAUAAUUCCUUUUGCUCAAUAACAUAAUUGUUGAGGCGAGGAAAUGGGGAAUUAUGGAUUUUAUCUUUUUUUAUACUGAAACCAGUCUUAAAUGAAUAGUGUAAAUCAUAGUGUAGCUCCUGACCACAUUUUUGUCACCCCUAACACCUCUAGAAGCUGCCCCAUUCUUCUAUCCUAUCAGAGUUCCUUCCUUUUUGUUAGUUUCUAUAUAGUUAAUGGUUUUUAAAGCAAUUUCACCAUCUUCCCAUGUAGCUUCAGAGGAGGGGGCAGUAUUUUAUUUAUUUAAAAAUAUUUUUCUAAAAACUUUUUUUCUGGGUUGGAGAGAGAUUUUUCUCCAGCUGUCUGAAAUCAAACUGGUAGGCUUCUACCUUAUAUGUAUAUGUGUGUAUAGCAUGCUAAAAUAAGAAAUGAAUUACUUUCACUUGCUUUCCAAAACUACUGUAUUGGUCUGUUGUACUAAAAAAAACCCUCUCUAUAUGUGUUUGAGAGUGACCCCAUCAAACCCAGCGGGCUUAUUUCUGAAGAUAUUUGCAUAGGAUUAGGAAUUCUAAUCUGUGGUAGCCAUGAUGAAAAUUGAAUCAGUGCAGUAUAAUCUAGAAUGCUUUUUGUCUCUUGACUCUGCCUUUCCUCAGGUCUGGUUCUGCUCACUGCUUGCACAAAACCCUCAACAGAUUGCCCUGCAGGGUUUGCAACCCUCAACAAGAAAAAAAGCCCCCACGAUGUGAAUAAUAAACAUGUGGUAAACCAUAAAAUAGAACAGCUUGCUUCUUUUGUAGUGUUUAAUAUUUUGCAUUGUGGUUUAAUAUUAAUUUGUAGGAAAACCCUACCAUUUAUUAGACUGUAACUCCAUCAGCAGUGGCUAUGCAACUUGUUACAAUUCUUUUAGAAGUAAUGUAUCACAAGUUAGGCAGCAGAGUGAGAAAUAAAUCUCUUUUCACACUUCUAAUUCCUUUUCAUUGAUAUGAUGAAUUGGUGGUGUUGAUAUGUAAGCUAUGUCCGUCAUACUUCAAGGCUAGAUGCUAAUACUGAAUGUUAUAUAACAUUGCUAACAAUGUCUGGAAGAUAAUAGGUUGAAAUAUCAUUUUAAAAUGAAAGCACAAUGUUGUAGUUCGUUACUAGUUCCCAAUACCUUCCUUGCUUGA